AUGGCAACGGAAACUUUUGUCCUCCCAGGCGAUACGAUAGAUGCUGGAGUACUCCCUUCUCACCCUACUCAACCACUCAAACUUGGUCCAGGCCUGCGACAUAUCCCCCCAAAUACAAUCACGUCGACGGUGGCUGGACAGCUCUGCACAGACAAGAGGAAAAAUGCUGUAUGGGUAGAAUACAACGGCAGUCGGUAUAUUCCUACUGUUGGCGAUCUCGUUAUAGCUACAGUACAGAAAUCGGGUCUCGACUACUUCUACGUUUCCCUCAGCGACUAUACUUCCAAUGCUGCACUGCCUCAGCUAUCCUUCGAGGGUGCGACCAAGAAGACUAGGCCACAACUCAGUACUGGGGCCUUAGUCUAUGCAAGAGUGACGUUGGCAAAUAAGCACAUGGAUCCAGAGCUCGAAUGUGUCUCUUCGCCAACAGGAAAGUCUGAAGGGCUGGGGCCACUGAACGGAGGGAUGCUAUUCUCAAUUUCACUAGGGAUGGCACGGAGGUUAAUGCUUGCGAAGCCAUCCGAACAAGGCGAUCUGGUGCUCUUAGAUGUGAUAGGCGAAGGUGGGGUACCAUUCGAGAUCGCCGCAGGAAGGAAUGGAAAAGUGUGGGUAGACAGCAAACACAUCAAAACUACCUUGGCGAUCGGUCAUGCCAUACAGGAUACUGAUACCAAGUCAUUGUCCACGGAGGCUCAAAAGAAAUUGGGAAAGAAGAUAGCGAAAGACGUCAAGGACUUAUGA